CACCGCCCCCAUCACCACUGGAUCCCCCGCCCAGCGCCGACACUCCCUGGACCUGGAAAGCCGUUGGUCUCGAUCUUCCGAUGCUCGCCUGGCGCCGCGCAUACUGAUCCCGCCCGUUUCGGCGAGCCGACGUUCGUCUUCUGGGCCGGUCGUGCACGCUCUUCAACCAUUCUUAGGCGGGCAUCCCCUACGGCCACGACGCUGACCUCGCCGCCAUCCUCGAUUGCUGGAGUGCGCUCUGCUUCAAUGUCCGCCCACGACGGCGAGCGAUCACCGAAACGGCAGAGACUCGACUCCUACUCGCCCGCCAGCCCACGGCCGACCGCAGAGCCGACAAAGACCUUUGUGCCCAACUACUCCACCCCUCCACCCAGCGUCCGUAUGUCACCUUCAUGGACCGCGCAAUCGCAGACGAGUCAGCAGCUGCAACACCAGCCUGGAGGUAGCAAUUUCCCGUCUCCACCGAGCACCGCCGGCUUUCAGAACCGAAUGGCGAACCGCGACAGCGAGCACGGUGGCAGUGGACACCAUACUCCGGCCUCGCAAGACGAUGGCGACAUAAGGAAGGACGGAGACGGUGAUUCGGAGAUGACAGACCGACGAGAGAAUCCUGGGGACGGGCACAGAAGGAGCGAUCACGAGCGACAAAGAGGUGAGGGUCAUGAUGCGGCGACAUCGUCUUCGAAUGCUGUGCCGCAGCUAUACAGAAUCCGCACAAGUCCGAUCGUACCUUCACGGCCGCAUGCGAGUCAGAACCUUCUGGCGCUGUACGAUCUAUCAGCAAUACAAAAACGAGUUGCUCGAGUAGAUGAUGCGGGCAACAAGAUCAAGCUCAGGAAGUCUUAUGCGAGCAAGGUCAAAAAUCUAGGGCUUGAAGGCCUGAACAAGGCCGCACCGAACCAAGGCGAGCUGCGAGGCCUUGUGGAUCCGGAUUGGAAUUUUGAGACUGCGCCUGGGCAGACGUUGUGGGAUCAGACCUGGCAGGAGUUGAAAUUAGGUGAUUCUGCCGCGGAAAAUGAGCUUCUUGGGAAACUAGAUUCGGCACUUCAAUUCCAACCGGGACGCUUACCAAGGAACGAACAUGAAGCGUGGAAGAAGACUUUAGGCUUGGACGAAUCCACCUUGGCGGCGAAAAGUCUCGCUGCAUCCAAGGACGCAAAGCGACCUGUUCCUAACGCGCAUCUAGCCAAGACUGCACCGGCCACCGCCAUGAGGUCCUCUGCGCCAUCGUCGCCCCGGAAUGGUCAGCGACUCGAUCGAGCCGGAAAGAAGCGUAGCUACGGUGACAGCAGUUUUGAAGGGUAUGGUGAGGGUUACGAAGACGAUACAGAUCUCGACGACAAUGGGAGGCGGAGGGAUUCCUCUAAACGCCAGAAGCGCAAGGAGUUCCCUUCGAAUGCGAAUUCCCCCGCCUUCUCGAGUGGUGGCGGCUCAAGUAUGGUGGGCGUUCGCAGCUCAUGAGUGCUGCAAACCCGAUUAUGGAUCAAUCAAGUCUGAUAUUCUGACUAUGGUCACUGGUCUACUGGUCCUGCUUCCCGUUUUGAUGGAAUCGACCUCUGGUCUAGCACGUCUUCACUGCCCGGUUCUCGGGCGACCCGUACACACAAAGACCCAACCCACAGAGGAGUGGACGCGACUUUUCCACGCCCGGAUCUCAAUAUCCCGCCGUUUGGAAUGCUUACACACCGAUGUGCAAACCUAAUCACAUAUCCGCAAACAACCCAUGCUUUUCCAACUUCUUUUCGCGACGAUCGGAGGCAAGACAUCCUCUUUCGACUUUACGUGGCAUACGACAAUCUCGUAUGCACGAACGAAGACUGUUAUACAGCUCGGGCCACGCGCGCAAGCAAUGUGCAUAUACAACCGAGGAAACACAAACACACACAGUCCGUUGAUACAGACUGGACUUUGAGACUGACUUUUUUGAUUUUACGAGGAUGAUUGCAAAGAAGUGAAGAAAGACACGGAAGGUCACGAAAGUGCGGAGAAGCUUCUUGUAGUUUCAUGGGCGCUGCUUUGUGGUUUCUGCUUUUGCUUUUACUCGGCGCACGAAAUACCCCCCAGGUAUAAAUCCUACUGGGAACUUUUGGUUGUUUGUUUUUGGAAAGCAGAAAGGGGUAUACAGCGGGGAUCGCGAACG